GCUCCGCCCCUUGGCACUGACGCAGCAGUGUGGAGAUGUUAGUCACGUCGGCAAGAGAAGUAGAAACAAAAACAGCUUCACAGAGGUAGUUAAGUUUUGUGUUAACAGGGGAAGAGAAGUAUUACUUCAGCACUUUUCCUCAUUGCUCGCAGGUAGCACGAUGCCACGACGUGUCCGUUUUGUUGCUUGUAACGUAGGGUGAAGAGAAGAAGCUAGCUUGCUUGCUAGCUCAAUUUAGCCAUACAGUCUGACAGCCAACGUCAGUAGCCUGUAGCUCACUAGUUACUUCCCUUUGAAUAAGACGAAGCAAUCAUGACACAGAAAGUCAAUUUAUGUUCAGUCUCCCUUGGAGUGAAGGGUAUGACUUGUGGCUCCUGUGUCCAGUCCAUAGAGCAGCGCAUCGGGUCUCUCCCUGGAGUGAUACAUAUAAAGGUUUCUUUAGAGCAGAAGAGUGCCACUGUCAUAUUUGACCAUAGCCAACAGAGCCCAGAGUCUCUGUCAGAGGCCAUCGAGGACAUGGGCUUUGAAUCAAGUCUAUCGGAGUCCAGCACAGCCACACCUGUCUCUACAGAUACCCAGCUAAUCUCCACUUCAGGCUUGACACAUGCAGCCCAAAAGGAGGCUUUGGAGAAGCUAUCCCAGAUUCAGGGAGUGCUGGAUGUCAGAGAGAGCCCUGACCAGAUGGGUCUCACUGUCACCUUUGUUCCCUCCCUGAAUUCUUCGCAACAGCUGAGUGAGGUGGUGGCUAGCGUAACGCCUCUGGAGAUCCCCACACCCAGCAGCCCAGUGCAAAAAGGUCCAACCUUGUCCCCAUCUCACACCACGGGAGGUGGGGUGACGCUCCUAAAGUUGCGCAUUGAAGGAAUGACCUGUCACUCCUGCACCACCACUAUUGAAGGGAAGAUUGGGAAACUGAAAGGAAUUGAAAAGAUCAAAGUUGUUUUAGAGGCUCAGGAAGCUACAAUCGUGUACCUGCCUUACCUCAUCACUGUCCAAACCAUCAUCGACCAGAUUGCUGUUGCCGGCUUCAAGGCGUUUGUCAAGUCCAAGCCUCGCCCUCUGCAGCUGUCCCCCAGCGAAAUCGAACGUUUUGUUGAUUUUCAAAAACCAACCGUUUCUUCGGCAUCAGAGACAUCAGAGGAGACAGAAAUCUUCAUAGACACGACACUUGUCACACUCAGGGUGAAAGGCAUGCACUGCACUUCAUGUGUGGUCAAUAUCCAAGACAACAUCUCUAUGCUGCCUGGUGUCUCGUCUGUGGAGGUCUCUCUGGAGAAGGAGAAGGCCUCCAUCUGCUAUAAUCCUCUAAAGGUCACAGUGACUCAGUUGCAGCAAGAAAUUGAGGCGCUGCCUCCAGGAAACUUCAAGACUCAACCCUGGGACUCCUCUGGCCCUCUCAGUCCUGUAUCCACAUCGCCCACGCCUGCCUUAUCGUCACCUCGGCCUGCAGGAGUAAUGCAGGCCAAACCUGCUGCCUCUCAGCCUUGUUUUAUCCAGCCUCUGGCAUCUGUUGUUGAUAUUCACAUCGAGGGCAUGACAUGCAACUCCUGUGUCCAGUCUAUCGAAGGCAUGAUCUCCCAAAGGAAGGGGGUGAUAUCAGCCCAGGUCUCUCUGGCUGAUCACCAGGGAAUCUUUGAGUAUGAUCCCCUCCUGACCACACCAGAGGAGCUGAGGGAGGCCAUAGAGGACAUGGGCUUUGAUGCCUUCCUACCUGAGACCAAUUCUCUGCUGCCUGCACCCAAUCCCAGUCUCUUAAAGUCUUCAAGUCUAGCACCUGUGAAAGAUAAAGAGCUGGACAGUGACCUACACAAAGAAACUCCCCAGGGACGCAACGGAGACACGUACUCUAAAUGCUACAUCCAGAUUGGAGGGAUGACCUGUGCUUCCUGUGUGGCAAACAUCGAGCGAAACCUUAAGAAUGAAACUGGUAUCUACUCAGUUCUGGUAGCACUAAUGGCCAGUAAAGCAGAGGUGCGUUAUAACCCUGAAGUAAUCGACCCUGUGAAGAUAGCUGAGUGUGUGAAAGAGCUGGGCUUCACCGCCUCUGUUAUGGAGGACUAUGAAGGUUCAGAUGGAAACCUAGAACUAGUGGUCAGGGGAAUGACGUGUGCCUCUUGUGUUCACAAAAUCGAAUCCAGCCUCAUGAGAGAAAAGGGGAUUAUAUAUGCUUCUGUUGCCUUGGCAACCAACAAGGCACACAUUAAGUACAACUCGGAAAUUAUAGGGCCGCGAGACAUCAUCAAGCUGAUCGAGAAUCUGGGCUUUGAAGCAUCUUUGGUAAAGAGAGACCGCACUGCCAGUCACCUGGACCACAGCAAAGAGAUACGACAGUGGAGGAAAUCUUUCCUGGUGAGCUUGUUUUUCUGCGUGCCUGUGAUGGGCAUGAUGACCUACAUGAUUAUCAUGGACCACCAGAUGAGUGUUUCACAUCAACACAACGCCACAGUGGAAGACCGCAACCAGUAUCACUCCACCAUGUUCCUAGAGAGACAGCUGCUCCCAGGCCUUUCCAUCAUGAACCUCCUCUCCUUCCUCUUUUGUGUGCCUGUACAGUUUAUUGGAGGUCGCUACUUCUACAUUCAAGCCUACAAAGCAGUCAAACACCGAUCUGCCAAUAUGGAUGUGCUAAUAGUUCUGGCUACCUCCAUAGCCUUCACCUACUCACUGAUCGUCCUAAUAGUGGCCAUGGUGGAGAAGGCAAAAGUCAACCCCAUCACCUUCUUUGACACACCGCCGAUGCUCUUUGUCUUCAUCUCCCUGGGACGCUGGCUGGAACAGAUAGCCAAGAGCAAGACAUCUGAGGCUUUGUCCAAGCUGAUGUCUCUACAAGCAACUGAGGCCACAGUGGUCACUCUCAGCAGUGACAAAUCUAUUCUCAGUGAGGAGCAGGUGGAUGUGGAGCUGGUGCAGAGGGGUGAUGUGGUGAAAGUCGUUCCUGGAGGGAAAUUUCCAGUAGAUGGGAGGGUCAUCGAGGGACACUCCAUGGCCGACGAGUCUCUCAUCACAGGAGAGGCCAUGCCAGUGACUAAGAAGCCUGGGAGCUCUGUGAUUGCUGGCUCCAUUAACCACAAUGGCUCUCUGCUCGUCAGUGCUACACAUGUUGGCAUGGACACCACGCUGUCUCAGAUUGUCAAACUAGUGGAGGAAGCUCAGACUUCAAAGGCUCCCAUCCAGCAGUAUGCGGAUAAGAUCAGUGGCUACUUUGUACCCUUCAUUAUUGGCAUAUCCGUCCUUACGCUGAUCGCCUGGAUUGUCAUUGGGUUUUUAGACUUCUCUAUAGUGGAGAAGUACUUUCCUGGUUACGACAAGAGCAUUGCCAGGACCGAGGCAGUGAUCCGCUUCGCCUUCCAGGCCUCCAUAACAGUAUUAUGCAUCGCCUGUCCCUGUUCCCUUGGCUUGGCAACCCCAACAGCUGUCAUGGUGGGCACAGGGGUUGGAGCCCAAAAUGGCAUCCUGAUAAAGGGAGGAGAACCACUCGAGAUGGCGCAUAAGGUCCAGUCGGUGGUGUUUGAUAAGACUGGGACCAUCACAUAUGGUGCGCCGAAGGUUAUCCAAGUCAAGAUAGUUGUGGAGGGGAACAAAAUGCCUCGUUCGCGACUGCUGGCCAUUGUGGGUACAGCUGAAAACAACAGUGAACACCCUCUGGGAGCAGCUAUCACCAAAUACUGCAAACAGGAGCUUGGCACAGACGCUCUUGGCGCAUGCACAGACUUUCAGGCAGUGCCGGGCUGUGGCAUCCGAUGUCAGGUCAGCAACACAGAGACGCUGCUGAGACAGGUGGACAGCGACAGUGAGGAUAACAACCAACGCAACAGCGUCCUCGUCCAGAUCAGCGACACCCGGAUGUCCACCAGCUCCCAUCCACUCAUCAUGGACCCACAGCCACUAAGCCUUGUCCAGACAGCCGCCUACGUUGUUCUGAUUGGCAAUAGAGAGUGGAUGAGGAGGAAUUGCCUGCAGAUCAGACCAGAUAUAGAUGAGGCCAUGACGGAGCAUGAGCACAGAGGACGCACAGCUGUCCUGGUAGCUGUAGACAAUCUGCUGUGUGCGAUGAUAGCCAUAGCAGACACAGUGAAACCAGAGGCUGAGCUGGCAGUCCGCACUCUCACCAACAUGGGUCUGGAAGUUGUGCUGAUGACUGGAGACAACAGCAAGACAGCACGGGCCAUUGCUGCUCAGGUGGGUAUCAGGAAGGUGUUUGCUGAGGUGCUGCCCUCCCACAAGGUGGCCAAGGUGGAACAGCUGCAGCAGGCAGGAAAGAGAGUAGCCAUGGUGGGUGACGGUGUCAACGACUCACCUGCUCUGGCCAUGGCUGACGUGGGCAUCGCCAUAGGAACUGGGACAGAUGUGGCCAUAGAGGCAGCAGAUGUGGUGUUGAUCAGGAAUGACCUUCUGGAUGUGGUGGCCAGCAUUGACCUCUCUAAAAAGACUGUUAAGAGGAUCAGGAUCAACUUUGUAUUUGCUCUUAUCUACAACCUGGUUGGCAUUCCUAUUGCUGCUGGUGUAUUCCUUCCCAUUGGUCUGGUGUUACAGCCAUGGAUGGGCUCUGCUGCGAUGGCGCUGUCGUCUGUCUCUGUGGUUUUGUCCUCCCUUCUACUCAAAUGUUACACUAAGCCCAGUGCUGAGAAGUUGGAGGCCAGACUGGGUAACAGCAGGCGGCAGGGCAGCCUGUCCGACGUCAGUGUCCACAUUGGCAUUGGCGAGAUGCGUCGUCCUUCCCCCAAACUCAGCCUGCUGGACCGCAUUGUCAACUACAGCCGUGCUUCCAUCAACUCCCUGCGCUCUGACAAGCACUCACUCAACAGCCUGGUGCUCAGUGAGCCCGACAAACACUCACUGCUGGUGGGGGAGGCGCUGUGUGAGGAGGAGUUUUGCUAAAUACGUAAGGCUUACAUGGGCCAGCGACCAUUUUUGUACGCUGAAGUAGACAGUAGCUGCAUUUAUUUGAGGCUAGGCCAUGCUAAGCUGAAAGGGUUACACUGAAUAACGGCCCACCCAUUUAAUGUAGGUGCCUCGGGGCAGCACUGUUGAUUUGAAGAAAGCUUACAUGCUCCUUGUUUUCUUUUUGUUCAACCAGCUGAUCACAUGCUCUUCAGAGCAUGCUGGGUUUCCUCUCUUUCAUUUGCAGACUAUCUUCAGAUAUUUUGUUGAGGUCACUGCCCUCGGGCACACUUUGAGCAUGAAGCAUCUUCACAGCCUUGAAGCAGGUGUCCACAUCCAGGAAGCAGAGUGAUGAUCAGCUCUGCCACUGUGGUCAUUUGCCAGUACAAUCUUGAACACCUAUCCAAAGACAUUUUAUCAGUGGCGCCUCUUGUAAGAGUGGACACUACAGUUGUAUUUUAACUCAUUUUCCUUAUAUGGAAAAUUCUAAUAAUACUGUUGUAUAAUUGUAUUCCAGUGUAUUUAUAUUACCCUUAUUUAUCUUUUUUUCAUUAUAUGUUAUGUGAAAAAUGAAGUUGUUGAAUCCAAAUGCCAAUUUUCAUUUUCAAUCUCUCAAAAUGUGUAAUUACUGAGAAAGGUAAGGCAUAAAACUCAGUCAAUCAAAAGAAGUCUUGUAACUCGCUGCAAACAGAUUUUUAUGCAGAACGCUAACAGAGUGAGUUGUAAAUGUCAGUGUUUCCCAAGUGCCAAUUGAAAUGCCACCUUGGCAAAGUCCAACACAUUCCAAAGAUAGUCCUGUACAGAGGUUAUCUUGGACUUCAUGUGCAUAAAGUGUGAACAGAGAUAAGGUCAACAAUUCGACCUGAUUAAGGUUGACUGUGAAUGGUGACGGCAACUAUAGAAACUCUUGCCAUAGAUUGAUAGUUGUCGACCUUCCUCAUCUUUGGUUAAUGAUAUAAGAUGCCUGUCAAUGAAUGUGAAAGUUAUUUGCUGUUAAACUUAAACAGAAGUUGUUACAUGGAUGGCAUUGUUUGCGCUUGUAUUACUUUAUUUGCUCGUUGCAAAAAGGUUUUGUGUUGUGAUGCAGUUUGUUAUGAAAAGGCCAAAUUGUAAAGGCAUUUGCAUUCUUUCACACCAGGCAAGAUGCUAUUACUGUUUCUAAGAAACUGUAAGGGAUGCGACUGUUAAAUUCUCUGCUUUGUCCAUAUGAUUCACACUGUUGCACUUGAUCAAAGAAACUUCUUUAAACCCAGGGGAGCCAGGAAAAACUGCAGGAUCAGAAGACUAAACAGCUGUGUCCCAGCAGUUCCACCAAACAAGUUACUGAGAGACGAAUGUUGAUGAAUUAAUUAGAUUGUUUAAUAAAGAUCACAUUGUACAAAUUGUAAAAUUAAGAUCACACCAAUUACAUCUUGCAAUCGUAGACAGCAACUGUUCUAAAUAUUUUUUAUAUCUAUCUGCUGUGUCAAAUCAGGAGAUAAUCAUUACAGUCCAGUUAUUCCUUGAAUUUUUGUGUCUGAACCUAUCUAGUAUUUCUUUCUGAUAAUGAAGAGCCAUCAGUUUGUCCUGCCGCUAUCCCAUGAUGCAUUAUGUUCUGUAGCUGUCACAGAUUGCUGAGUGCAAUUAUGCCAGUUUGUUGUUGUUGUGCAUUGCUUUGUAAAGACGUCCAUAGGGCUUCAGAUCUGUGUGCAGUCAAAUUAAGCAAGUCCAUGUAUGCUGUCUUUUAUAGUUCUUCUGAACAUUAUGUGCCUUGGAAUAAAACGUUUUUUUGUAACAUCA